CGCAGAAACGAUCACCCAAUAAGGCAUAAGCACCGUACGUAAAUAGUGUUAUCUACGACUUGGGUUUCCGACGGUGAUUUACGAGUCUGAUAUCUGAUAUCCGAUUCCACUCGAAAACGGUUUUUACUUUUAACAAGAUUUAAUAAUAUUUUACGCCAUUAUUAUGUCAACACACUAAAAAUACCAAUGUUUUUAUAACUCAAUAGAAAUAACAAUAAUCGAAAUAUAAACAAAUUUAAUUCCGUCCGAACUCUGACAAUAACGCGGUACGAAUGGUUUCAUCAUAGGGGCCUCCGACCACGAUGAUCAUUUGUACGUCUUUGUUUCCUCUUUACGGCCAUCUCUCGAUAUUAUACAUAUCAAACAGUAAUUAGAUUAGACCGUUACCGUUGUUGUUCGAGGACGUAUUUUUGGUAGUAGUCGACUUCUAAAACAUUCAUCAUUGGCGUUUCCCCGUCACGGUCAUAUUCGUUUGUCGUUACAAAUCGGCGCUAGGUAAUGUGAGACGAGUUGUGUGCAAUGUCGCUUUUCGUUGUUGUCACAUAAGAUCGUAACUGUAAAUAUUAUAGGCAUAAUAAUAUAGUGGUACCAUUGCAUACAAAACGAAACCAUGAGUUCCCAAUACUCGACACUUAUUGGUUUGAUUUUUGUUUUUAACCUGAUUAUUGGGCCGGGUUCACUGACAUUACCAGGUGUUGUUCAAGAAUCAGGAUGGCUUUUGAGUAGUUUAUUUAUUGCUAUUCUGGCCUUUUUUAGUUACAUUACAUUCUCGUUCAUUAUAGAAGCUAUCACGAUUACAAAUUCUAUAACACAACUUCGUAAAUUACAAAUGAUGAAAAGUGUUACCAGGAUAUUGAAAUCGCAUAAAGACAUGAUGCCACAAGUUGCAUCAGUUAACUAUGACAGAAUUUCAAAUGCUAGCACAGAUAGUUAUAACAGUGAAAAUGAAUCUCCUAUUUUCGACAAUUCAGUAUUACCUACAUCCAGUUCUUUAAUGGACUUUCCUCCUGAAUCUGUUGAAUUACUUUCACUUGAUAAUAGAAUAGAAAUGGGUGAAAUGGUAACUGUACUAUUGCCUCCAUUUGCUAAAGUGAUAUUUUUCUUUUCCAUCAGUGGCUAUUUAUUUGGUGAUUUAGCAAUUUACUAUAAGGCAAUUGGACAAUCACUUGUAGACUUUACAUGCGAUCACAAAUUAAAUAAUAAUUCUGCUAAUAAGUCAGAUCUAUGUUGGGACAAUUCUUCUUAUACUAAACAUGAAAUUUAUUUAAGCUAUUUGAUGCUGUAUAUCUUUAUAAUAGGACCAUUCACAUUUUUUAAUGCCCAAAAGACUAAGUACUUACAAGUUGUAAGUUUCUUCAUGCGUAUCAUUGCUAUUAUUACAAUGAUCGUUUUAGCAACAAUGCGACUGAUGUCUCCAACUCAAAAGCAUGGAUCUCCACCAGCAGCAAACUUUAUUGCUAUGCCACAAUUAAUAGGUGCUUCAAUUUAUGCGUUUAUGUGUCAUCAUUCAAUCCCAUCAGUAAUUUCACCUAUCAAAAAUAAAAACAAAAUAUUGCUAAAAGUGGCAGCUAACUUCUUGUUAGUUUACACAUUGCUUAUGUGUCUGUGUAUGACGGGUAUUUUUGCUUUCCCAAAAGUAAAUGAAUUGUAUACCAUUAAUUUCACACCAUCACAAGAUACUGGAUUAUUUUAUAGAUUGAUUGAUUCAAUAUUAGUUCUUUUUCCUGUACUUACAAUCAGUAUUAGUUUUCCAGUGAUUGCAAUUACAUUAAGAAAUAAUAUCCAAGUGAUGUUUCUUCCAAGUGAUGCACAUUGGAUCUGGAAGCGAAUAGUUAUACCACUGUUCUCUUUAAUAACACCUGUGCUACUAGCGGCUUUUGUGGCACGCCUUGAAGUUUUGGUUUCGAUCGUCGCUGUGUAUGCUGGUACUGGUAUUCAGUAUGCAACCCCUGCAUUAUUGGUUAUGGCUGCACGUGCUGAAAUUCCACAACAAGUGGCUGCAAUUAAGAACGAUUAUUGCUCACCGUUUAAGUCUAAAUAUUGGCCGCUGUGCAUUCUAAUAUGGACAGUGAUAUGUGUGAUAAUUUUAACCAUUUCCUUGAUAAGUAAAGAAUUCCAAUGAAAGAUGGACAUACGUUCAUUUAAACUUGUUUCUCUUUAUUAUGUUUGUCUACCAUUCUAACUUUUAUCAUAUAUAUUUUACUAAAGAUUAUUUAAGAGAUAUGAAGACUAUGAUUAUUUACAUCACGUUAAGUGUAUACAUAAUAUUUAACAUAGUAUAGACGUUGUUAUUAAAAAUAUAUUUUUUUUUCUCAAUUGCAUUUUAUAUAUUUAUAUAAAAAAAAAAUUGAUACAAUACAAUAUAUACAAUUAUAUAUGUUUUUACUAUUUAACAUAUAAGUUUAUAACUUAUGUUAUUGAAAUAUUUAUUUUAUAAAUUCUUGUAAUUUUGUAUUUGCCAUGGUUACUUUGUUUAUUUUG